UUAAUCUUGGUUUUUAUUUUUAAAUAAAAGACAUAUUUUUGUUUUAUUAAUGCUUAACAAAAUUACUUACAAGAAGUUUAUUUGUUUUAAACACUAACAUCCGCAACAAAAAUCUGAUAGGUUUAUUUCAAUAUGGUGGACGUUUGUUGUGCUUUCCAGUGAUCUGUUUUAAUUUUCUCUUUCACAUAUAUGUAGAACUUUGAGGCCAAUAUUCCAAUAAGAUUGGAAACAUGGAUAAUGAUGAAAAAGUUCCUACGGUGUUGGAAUGUCGUCCAAAAGACGACGGAGAUGGUACAAGUAAUGUUGACGAUGAUUCAAAAGAAACGGAAACUGCAAUAGACGAAAAUAUAACUAGUGAAAAUGUAAAAAGUGACUUAAAAGAAUUAGAAAGUGAUUUAGAUAGUGUUAGUGACCUAGGAAUUACAAACGAACCACCAAAUCAUGUGGACCAUUUGCCCAGUGAUAAAGAAGGUUGUGUGCAAAACAGUCUAUCUAGUGAGACAGACAAUAUAGUGCCCUUAGGUAAUGAAGAAAGCAGUACUGUGGAGCAAGAAAACAAAGAAGAAUCUGAAGAAGUAGACAAUGAAAUAAAUGAAAUGAGUACAAUUGACAGAAGUAAUGAUACAGAAAAUGAGAAUAUACCACAAACACCAUCAGAAUCUGUAUCACAAGAUAGUAUAGAUUCACAAAUAGAAGAAACAGAAAAACAAGAGGAAAAAAUGGAUAAAGAAGGAAUCACUGAUAUUAAAGAAGAAAGUACAGGUUUGCAAGAAGAGAAUACAGAUGUAAUAGAACAAAGAACAGAUUCACAAGAAAGUACAGAUACACAAGAUGAAAAAGCAGAUAGUAAUGAGAUGAGUGAAAAAACAGACUGUGUAGACAAUGAUGGGGAUGAAAAAAAAGAUGAGGUCGGAAAGCCGGAAUUUGAAACUGCCCCAAAUAUAUCAAUUGAUGAACCCCAAGAUGAUCAUACUCAGGCACUUGAUCCAUUUGAUACUUUGUUGAGGGAACAAAAUGAUUCAGUGCAGGAAACUUCAGAAACAGCAACACAAGCAACUGUUAAUGUAUUAGAUGAGGAUGAUGAUAAUGAUGACUACAAUGCUGAUAAUCCUGUAGAUGAAGAUGAUGAACAUAAUGCAGAAGAUGUAUCACUAGAAGACAGUGUAGCAGAACUUGGUGAAGAGCCAGGUGCUGAUGAAGAGGUAUGCUUGCUUCCUGACACUGAGCGGGAGAUAUCUGAAGCAGAUAAAGCUGAGGCGGAGAAGGUUCUUGCUGAGAAAAGAAAGCAGGCUGAGGCGGCUGCAUCAGAAUUAGCAGAAUUUGCAGAAUUAGCAGAAGAGAGUGAACCUAAAAAAGAGAGUGAAACAGAAGUAGAGAAGGAGAAUGAUAACACAGAGGAGGCAACAAACAGUGAGGCGGGAGAUGCAGGACUUGAAGUAGAAGAUGAACAUGAUGACCCCUCUCAAGAAAAUGGAGAUAAGGAAAAUGAAAAUGAAGAAUCAGGAGAUGCUAGCAGUUAUGUGUUGAAUACUAUUCAAGAAAUUGAACCUAAAACAAAAACCUGUUUUCAGUGUAAUGUGGAAAAAGACUGCAUUUACCAUUUACCAAACAAUGAAGAUAAAGACUAUAUUUGUAGUGAAGAUUGUUUAAAAUCUUUUCUAUCAGAAAGUCCGACACAAGCUCCGGUUGCCGACUCUACUUAUGUUGUUGAAGAAAUUAAUCCAGAGUCACUUACAUGUUCAGAAUGUGAAGAAAAUAAAACAUGCUACUUCUAUUACAAAUUGGACGGAGAAGACACAAAUUAUUGUUCAAUAAAUUGCUUACACAGCAUGAUGGCAGAUGAACAGGACAAAUAUGUUAUAAAACGAAGAAAAAUAGUACUAACUGAGACAAAAUUAAAAAAAGCUUGUUUUGUGUGUCAUGAGAAGAAAAAAAGUUCCUUCUCUAUGUCACAGUAUGGAAUUACACAGUUCAUUUGUGACCAAGCUUGUGUUAAAAAUUUAAAUGAUUCAGAAAAUGGUAGAUAUGUGUUGGUAAAGAAACGUCCUGUGCCAAAAGUUAAACAAACAAAUACCUCGCAGAUGAAACCACCAUUGUUAAAAUUAAAAGUAAUAAGUAAUGCAACAGAUAAAUAUUUGGAUGAGGCAUAUAAGGUACAAAAUAAGACUCCCGCUAUGAUACAAGCAGCUAAAGAUGAAAGGCAACGAACAUUUCUCCGUUCGUGUACUCAAUGUUACUUAAUGUUGACAUCCGAAGAAAGGAUGUUGACUUGGGAGACGAUGGACUUUUGUAAUGAAGUAUGUUUGGGACGGUAUCAGAAUAAGAUCGGAGCUAGAUGUGCAAAUUGCAACUGCGCCGUGCAGCAUACUAGUUUAGGGAAAUACUGCGUUAGAUUUGGAUAUGACAUCCGUCAAUUUUGUAAUUCCACCUGUUUAGAGGAAUUUAAAAAAUCCUUGAAAAUCUGUUGCUACUGCCAAAAGGAUAUAUCGGCUGGUUUGCAAGGUUUUCUAGCGCCUGUGGGUGAUAAAGGACAGUUUAAAGACUUUUGUUCGCAAUUAUGUGUAGAAAAGUUUGAUCAUAUGAGUAAGAACCCGGUCCCUGCCCCAGUGUGGGCUAAGUGUGCGGUAUGCGCGCUGCGUAAAGCGACCACUAUCGAGGUGGAGAUCAGUGAUGGUGUGUCACAGAGGCUGUGCUCCGAUCCUUGCUUUGCUGCCUUCAAAUUUGUAAAUCAUAUCUUCCCAGAUCAAUGUUGUUGGUGUAAAAAAUAUUUUGAAAGAAAAAUACCAAAAUCGUUUACGAUCUACGAGAACUCUAGCCCACAAUGUUUUUGCACCAAGUCCUGUAUGAACGUGUACAUCAGCAACUCUCGGCACAUAGUACCGUGUAAUUGGUGUAAAGUGAAGAAGUACAAUUUCGACAUGAUACGACGUGUUCAAACAAACGGACAGAUAGUUUUAAUGUGUUCACUAAAUUGUUUGAAUCUUUAUCAAGUAUCGGUUAAUGCUGUUUCUUCCAGAAGAACAAAAUGUGACAUGUGUAAACGAACCUCGUUAGCACAGUACCACUUAACAAUGUCAGAUGCUACAGUGAGGAACUUCUGUACAUAUCAAUGUGUUAUGUCAUUCCAGGGUCAAUACGCAAAACACCCUCCACUUGUGUCAGGGGAAGCAUUAGAACAGACUAAGGCUGUACCGACCGGCGCGCCCAGACGAACAUAUCCUUCGUCUAAAAAUGCUGCCAAAAAUAUCCAGCGAAACUCAUCGUCAUUGCCGGUUAUAUCGAAUGUGCAGUCUCUGGCGCCCCCACAACCUGCAGCCGCGGCUGCGUCUAACGCACGCUCCAAAUUAAAACGCUCCGGACAGGCCCCACUCACGGAGCCUGAGCCCACGCCCCGCACGCCCUCGCCCCCGCCCCCGCCACCUAAACCCUUAACUCCGCCCCCGCCUCCACCCCCCAAAGUAUACAACCACGUUAUAGUGAAAACAUUACCCCCAAAUGAAGUCGCCAACAAAGCUACUAUGACGAAACCUAUGAUGGUGUCAAAAGGUGUCUCAUGCCGGCCUCAUCCUUGUACAAAGGAAUGUCAAACUGAUUCAAGUUUAGAACGGAAAAUACUAAUACCCAUUCCAGUACCUAUUUAUGUACCCGUACCGUGUGCGAUGUGGUCUUUACCCUUCCCGAUACCCGUACCAAUUCCGUUACCGAUACCAACUCCGGUAUUCAUACCGACAACGAGAAAUUCAGCAAAGGGUAUUAUGAAGGAAAUCAAUAAGAUUCAUGAUAAAAUGCCGACGGAUCCAUUUGAAGCGGAACUGCUGAUGAUGGCGGAAAUGGUGGCUGGUGAUAAGAAGAAGGAUCAUAGCGAUUCAGAUACGGAUGAUGAUAAUGAAGACACAUUCAGUCCCGUGGCCGGUAUAGACGGCAACAACGCUUUCGGUGAGGACAUGCUGCAGAUGGCGCUCAAGAUGGCCACUGAGUACGAGGACCAGCCGGUAGACCUCGAGUCCGCGAUGACUGCGAAUACUAUCACACCCAGCUCGCAUCCCGGUAUGCCCGGUCUGGAAGGCGAGAGUAUGCACGCGCAUCAGAUGAUGGUGCUAGAGCAGCAGCGCGCGGUGGCGGCGCUGCGGGCGACGGCGCCCCGCAAGCGCGCGCCGGCACCCGAGGCAGCGCCCCCUCCCGCGCGCGCCACGCGCUCCAAGCGCCGCCGCGCAGACCCCGCGCCGCCGCCGCCGGAGCCCCCGCGGGAGCCCGUGGAGAAACCAGACGCCAACAUGUGCCUCAAGUAUACAUUCGGUGUGAACGCGUGGAAGCAGUGGGUGAUGACGAAGAACGCGGAGAUAGAGAAGAGUUCUAUACGCCGCAAGCCCUUUAAGUCCGAGAUCUUACAGCUUACGGCUGAUGAACUCAACUACUCGCUGUGUUUGUUUGUGAAGGAGGUGCGCAAACCUAACGGCAGUGAAUACGCACCAGAUACUAUUUAUUAUUUGGUUUUAGGAAUUCAACAAUACUUAUUUGAAAAUGGCAGAAUAGACAAUAUAUUUACGGAUCCAUAUUAUGAGAAGUUUACAGACUGUUUGGACGAAGUCGCGAGGAAGUUUUCAGUUUUAUACAACGAUUCACAAUAUAUUGUAACAAGAGUGGAGGAGGAGCACCUGUGGGAGAGCAAGCAGCUCGGCGCGCACUCGCCUCACGUACUGCUGUCCACACUUAUGUUCUUUAAUACGAAACAUUUUAAUUUAGUGACUGUAGAUGAACACAUGCAGCUAUCAUUCUCGCAUAUAAUGAAGCAUUGGAAACGCAACCCCAACCAGCCCGGACAGGCCAAGAUGCCAGGAUCCAGGAAUGUCUUGCUAAGAUUCUACCCGCCCCAGUCUGCGCUAGAAGCGAAUUCAAGAAAGAAAAAAGUAUAUGAACAACAAGAAAAUGAAGAUAACCCACUCAGAUGUCCUGUGAAAUUGUAUGAAUUUUAUAUAUCAAAAUGUCCUGAGUCUGUGCGCACGCGCAACGACGUGUUCUACCUGCAGCCGGAGCGGUCGUGCGUGCCCGACUCGCCCGUGUGGUACUCCACGCAGCCGCUCAGCCGCGCCGCGCUAGCCAAGAUGCUGCACCGCGUCAAGAUGGUCAAGGAGAUCAACAUCGCGCUGCUCACCAGCUAAGAUUUCACAAUAAAGUCACUAGCUGACUUAGAAUAUACAUCAGUGUUCACGAGGAUCCUCAUAAACCUGCGGCCGUUUUGAAAUCACACGGAUCCUUGUAUUCUGUGAACGAAGGCGUCAUCUUAUAAAGUACUAAUAGUAAUGUAUAUUUUUUCUACUUGUAUAUCAAUCUGUGAAGAAACAUUAAAAUGUUACUUUAUUGGGUAGAGUUAAUAAAACUAUUCAUUUAAUAAAAUUAGUUUAAGUGCUCUGUGCGGGACUGUUUUUGUAUGUACAGAUAAUGGUUAUAAUUCUACCAAUUUUAUAUUGUAUCCUCGUUUAUAUUUAUAGACUUUGGUGAUGUGGCAUAUUGAAGUUGAACAUUUGUUGUGUUAAAGAAACAUUUAAAUUUUGUACAUAAACGCCAAGCGAUUAGCAAUUGACAAGUUUCUUGGCCCUAAGUUGUGUUAUUCCAAUACGAAAUGAAUCUGUUCAUUUUGACUACUAUAAUGAAAUUGUGUAUUGAUAAUGUUAGUAAAAUUCCAGAUUAUUUUGAUGGAAAUAAUGCGCCUGUUUUUUUUUUAAACGAAAUAUAUUAGUAUAUUAUUUUCACAGAUUUUUUAUUGAUAUAUAGAGUCAGAUUCGUAUUAUAAUUUAAGUGUAAUGGCAUCAGUAAGGUUUAGGUAGGUUACUGCUGUAUAAAAUGAAUACUGAUUCUCAUAUAUUUGACUUUUAUUUUAUCCACCAUUCAUUUUAUUUAUAAGUUAUCGCUAAUCAAUCUAGGCUGAUUCGCCGGUCGUAAUUACGAGAGGCAAGCUGCCUUCAAAAUGCACAAUAAAAAAAAAUCCUA